UUUUUCGGUAACGGUGGUACGCACUUCGUUUGGAUUUGAUUUUUUAUUUUUUGAUUUGAUUCGGGAAUAUCGGGAUUGUAUUCAUUUGGAAAUACUUGCGUGUUGAUGCAAAGGAAAAACAGUAAGACGAUGUUCGUGAAGGUUUCUGUGAUCAUGGUGAUGUUGGUGCAGCUGACGGGAAUUGGACCCCGCGGUGUAACCGCGCAGUAUACAGGACCAACGCUUGCCUGCGGUGGCACAUCGUUGCUGAAAACGACCACAUUGAUCUCGCCGGCCCAGAUUGGCACUAAUGGCGCCGCCACCAGCUGCAGUUACACCAUCCGGGCCAUCAAUUUACGCGUCUGCCAGCUCCGACUGGACUUCAACUCGUUCAACCUGGCAGCGCCGACGAUCGACCCGUAUCCGAUCUGCUCCAUCGACACACUUUCAAUUCAGAAUUUAGAUUUCAAUUUGUGUGGCGAAAAUAGUGGACAGCACGUUUACGUCCCGUUCAAUCCGACCCUUGCGGAAAUGACAAUGGCCAUUAACUUCAACCUGGGUACACGGCUCGCGGGACAGGCGGCACCCUACUGGAAUAUUCGGGUGCAGCAGUUGGAGUGUCCAAUUGGUGCCUCCUUCGCUUCGAAGCUUGCCAUUCGGACCGAAUCGACCGGUCUGGCUAAGACCUUCCACAACGAUUUGGGAGUAUUGGCCCCGACGGGGUGUCUGCAGUACCACACCGCCGUAACCGGAGUCAUCAAAUCGUUCAAUUUCAACAUGGGAGGUCCGUACAUAGGUGACAUGCAUUAUGCCAUCUGUUUCCGACGGCUUCGGACCAACACGGCACUGAAACUGUAUGCCGACGUGUUUGAUCUGGCCUCCAACGAUGAUGUCGGCAUCGAUGACUCGUGCUUCUCCCGAAUCGAAACCAUCGGCCGAUCGGAGGACUACCUGUACAUUCCGGACGGGAGGGCUAUGCCAAAUGGGAAUACCAUACGAGCAACUCGAUUCUGUGGUCAGAGCAUUCACCAAAAAUCUGCUGAAACUUCCGCACCGGGGCCGUUUGUUCUACAGUUCAAUAGCGAUACCAUAUAUGGAGCCAAUGGUGCUCGCGAAACUGGCUUCCACAUUACGUACGAAAUUGUCUAAAAUCACUUCGGAAACAACAAACCACGUAUCAGCAUAAAACAAAUUAAUUUUCAACUUUCUUAUCCGGAUAAUUCGAUUCGUAUUCUUGUAACAAACAAUAAUAACAAAUAUUACAGCAUUCCAACUCACGCCUACUAGAUGAUGUCGAUUGUACUUAAUUUGUACCUGCACUGUAUGAGUAUUAGGAGAAAUAGAUACGCAGCAACGUUUAAGCUGAGCAUUCGAAUAUUAUCUGUAGUAUAUUUUAUUGUUAAUCUCGUUGUAAACUAAUUAGCUAAAGCAAUAUAUCGUUGAAUGUAAACAGAUUGACAU